AAUUGACACAAGCUCGAUUGUGUCUAGUGACGAUUCCGACGCCACUCUCGUGGAAAGUGGAAGUGAAGGGGAUUUGGUCGAGUAUCAGGGACGGCACAUCAUUGCCAAAGAUGCGGAAACUGAAUCAGUGAAUAGUCCCCACAAAAAAGGCCGCCAUUACCUCGGUUUUGUCUCAGCCAACAAGAUGCGUCUCCGAACCGACCUUGGUUUUCCUGCAGAUCACGCUUUGUCACGUCCCUCGGAAUCGAAACGUACCCAGUUAAACGGACGGUCAUCGUGGGCUAGCAAUUGGUGUCGCCGCUGGGAGUUGUUAAUUGAGCUUUCAGGUAACGAUAGAGAACGUCAGGCGACCCUUUUCGGUUCCACUGAUGCGCCUAUUGGAGUUACAUCUCGAGUGGAGGCAACUUCAAAGCACCCAGCCAAGUUUUUCUUCGCUGAGGAUGAGGCGCAGGAUGACGACGCAGGGAAUUGUGUUGAUGAUAACUUCACAAUCAGUUGUCGGGAUCUCAACGUUGCCUGAGCUCUGAAUCGAAACGGUCUCUUUUUUUUUCGUCCUCGUUUCUCCAUGGAUACCCUCAUCCUGCAUCGUGUUGCCAUUCUUCUGCCUAAUUUUCAUUCACCUUGAAUCUGGCUUAUAAAUUUGAAUGAACUUGGCUCUGCCUUUCCCCCGUUUGACCCAUAGACGUUCCUCCGACACAGCUACAUUCCCCUUGCCCUCCAUUAGACGAUAUAAAUAUAUCCACCUCAUUCUUCACACAACAUAUUAUGCACCUAAUAUUUAACAUAAAUCAUGUGAGGCGAAUUGCGAGCCCUCAGUGUCCUCCUUCUUCACAAAGCCGGGCCGUUACGCACCCAUCUCAUCGCAACUCCUCUGUUACGAAAAAGAUCGAUCCUACUUCCGAAACGAAACGAGGAACCUCGAAUAACGACCCUCUACAGGGACUUGGGGUAUCGAGUACACCAAGAAACGUUGCUCCGGAUCCGUCAUCUACUUCAAGUCUCGCGCAACCGAUAUAUAGACCUAGUGGUGCAUGGGCAUGGUUGGAUGGAUUAUCACUUCGUGAUUUCAGUCUCUAUAUUUGUGAUUGUGAGAAAACGAUCUUGAGACUAUUAAAGAUGGUCGCGACUUCGAAAUUGACCUCAGAACAGGUAGAGCUGCUGGCCGGGAGAUCCGGUAUCUAUCCAAGUCAUGGCCACUCGACAAGAGAUGCGAUGGUUUCAUAUCAGAGGCACGUCAAGCUUGCCUUGUACAAGAAACAACUCAAACCAUUACAGGGCAUCGUCGUGCCCAACAUUAUUGGCGUUUUUACGGGCACAAGGCGCAUCAAUGUGGCGAUGGAAGUUCCUCAUUCCUCGUUCUGGAUCGAAUCAUCAUCGGACAUGCCCAAUGUCCUCAAGAAAGCCUGCGUUGAAGCGCUGGAAAAGCUUCAUGCUCAAGGAGUUUUCCAUGGAAAUAUUGGCCUUUCUCACUUCCUCAUCGGAGGAGACGCCCGGGUCACCAUCGUUGGAUUCCAUGCCGCUCGCGCACUUGAUCCUAACCCACAAGUUUACCUUGGCUCCACGACGGCAGCUGAUCUGAGACUGGAACUCAGAAAGUUGAAAUUCAAGCUUGAUUACCAGGGUGCAAGAGAGAAAGAGAGAGAGAAAUUCACACAGUAUGUUAAACGGGCCCAGCGGAAUCGAAAAGAAAGAUUCAAAGUCACAAGAGAUCCAACUUAUUCUCCAAACUACGAAGAUGACCCCCAGUCAGAUAGAUUGGACCCGCCUGUUGAUGUACGACAGCCCAUUGGUUGGCUAGAUGCUCUAGAAGAGGCCCCAAGGCGAUACAUCAUGCCUGGGCAAUCCAUCGAAGAUUAUGAAAAUGCAGUGCAUGACUUUUUGUCUGUUCUGUAUCAAAUGGAUACUGGACAUUUACCGCCUACUCAUAUUCCUUCUCCGUCGCCCCCGUCUUCUCCAGGGGAGGGUUCUGGAAUGGUGGUCCCAAUCAGCGCAGUUCCUUAUCAUGUCUCGUCAAAACGCAAGAGAGUUGGAGGCCCGGAGGUCGCUUCUCCGUCAUCGAAGCGCCCUCGCACAUCGGUUAAUUCUCCAUCUAGGGCAGCUGGGUUGCAACUACCAAGCGUGUCAGAUGUACCAUGCACCAAUGGACCAUUGACCGAUGGGAAAGCUCCGCUGGUUUUGGACUGCUCCGUCGCCUCAGACAAUGCCAGCACGAACCUUCCGCAAAUUAGAGUUAGGGAUUUUGCAUAUGAGAGUUUCCAGCCAUUGAAGCUCGAUCACCGGUCGCAGGCUUCCACUUCCAAGGGCAACAAGCCGUCUGCUAAAUACCCUAACCCACUUCGUAAAUUGAAUCACCCGAUGGCUUCGAAAGCUCCUUCCACGGGAGUGACGGACGACUAUUCCAUCGCUGAGGCCUGCAGUAUACCCAGUGGCACUGAGACCAUCGAUGAUAGGACUGCGGGAAAAAGGCGACGCGACGAAGUUGACCAGGAUGUUCCGGAAUUUAGUGGUCACUCAAAACCAAAACGAAUGAGACUGCUGAUCGCUGAAACCCCGGCGGUCAAUUCAUCUCUCACCAUCUUAACUUCCAGCGAGGUUGUUGCCCCCCCUUCGAUACCGCUAUCUAUUCCGCAGGCGACUACGCUGCCCACAGGAAACUCCGGCGUUGAACCUGGGUCUUCCGCCACCUUUUCAGAUUCAGGGCAUUCAACGUUACUUCAAGAACCUAGUGGACUCAAUGAGACUCCACUCGUAUACCGAUUAAUUACGUGGUGGCGGGAUGGUUUACUGCGACUGAUACAAUAA